AUGCUCCACAAAUGGCUGGCCAAGCAGGAAGAGGAAGAGCGCGCCGGCGGGCACUCGCGGUUGACCCUCCUGCUACGACGGCUCAUGUUCUGGGUUGCCGUCCUGCUUCUGCCGAAUCUCGUCACCCUUGCCCUCGCCUCUACACCGCUGGGUGACCCCGCCGACAUCUUCUCACGCCACGGGAGCUGGCCGACGCUGAUGUUCGUCAAUCCAAUCAUCAUGACGGUGAUCGGCUACCUGAGCGUCACUGCCUACUUUGGCUGCGUGGAGUCGCCGCAUCCCUUCAAAGCCUUCCUGCCGAUGAUCUUCGUGACGUACUUCAUGGAGAUACUCGUCCUGGUACCCCUCGUGUGGCUCUUCGGCUACUUCGAGUUCAUCGGCCUCAUCUCCUUCGGCAUUGCCUACAUCACCGCCUUCAUCGCCGCGUACGUGCUUGAGAGGUUCGAUCAGAGCAGAGCCGAAGAGUGGCAACGGCUCUUCUGGCAGUACAUCAAGAUCGCCGUGGCCAACUUUGUGCACCUGGCGGCCCUGUGCGUCUACGUCAUCUUCUUCCGCGAGGUGCCUGCAAACAUCCAGCCCGUCCUGUCCUUCGGCCUCUCCAUCUUCACAUUCAUCAACCGAAAAACCAUCCUCUCGUUCUCCGAUCCGUUUCCGAUCGAGCUGGGAAUGCUCAUCUCCGGCUUCUGGGUCAACAACAUGACCGACAUGUUCCAAACGUUGGCGUACCCGAACGUGAAGAAUCCGAUGACCUUCUUGUACAUCUGGGCGCUCCAGUUCUGCGGCGAUGUCGCCAACUUGAUCUUCCUCACGCACCCUUGGUUCGUGUUCCGUAUCUGGAUCAAGGGCAUUCUCACCGGCAAGUGGGGAGCCAACAAGAAUGUCGAGAACAACGAUGACCUGCCCGACGAUCGCGGCCACUCCAACAACCGCCCGGGCUACCUGCGCAGGCAGGCGAGGUUCUACUUCUGGCGUAUCGUCAGUAAGCUCGCGGCGAUCGUGUUCUACCUCUUCAUCAGUACCGUGCUUCGCUAUGGCCCCAACUCCCAAUACUACAACUUUUCCGAGGACCCUUAUAUUUCUCUCACCGACGAGUCUGGGCGGGAGUUGAGCAGGCUGUCCGACAAGGACUACCUCCACAGCGUUAUCUACGUCUCGUGCAACGCUGUCUUUGUCACCCUUGCCGGCCUUGCCGGCUACUUCCUGUUGCGGUUCCGGUACACGGACGUGUACGUCCACCUGGCGCCCGUGGCCAAGGUUCUCCGCAAGAACAAGGCCUUCAUCGGCUACGCUGUGGCCAUAGUGGCGCACAACGGCCUGCUCGCCCUGGCCUUCAUACAGUACCACCAGCGCAUCUGGUGGUACGACUCCCUAGAGCCCUGA